CCUCCAGUGCUCAGAGUGACUGGGAUCCUCUAUUACAGCUGCGCUCGUCUGAGGGACACUUAGGUUCUUGUCACUCGGGGCCCCCAAUAUAUCAGAGGAGGAUGGGGAAGAUGUCCCCCCUCGUUGUGCUUCUCCUCCAUGUGUCUGCGGUGAGUUCUGACAGUCACUCUCUGCGCUAUUAUAUGACGGGGGUCUCAGCUCCGGGGUCCAGGCUGCCGGAGUUCUCCAUAGUCGGAUACGUGGAUGAUCGGGAGAUCGUGAAUUAUAACUCAGAGAGCGGAAGAAUGAAACCGAAGGUGAAGUGGAUGGAAAAAGUGGAUCCAGGAUACUGGGAGGAUAAUACACAGAUCGCUAAAGAAAAUGAGGCUGUAUCCAGACAUAGUGUGAGGACACUGAUGAGCCGCUUCAACCAGACCGGAGGUUUCCAUAUUAUCCAGGAGAUGUACGGCUGUGAGCGGAGAGAUGGCGGCAGCGUCACAGGAUACAUGCAGUACGGAUAUGAUGGAGGAGAGUUCAUGUCCCUGGACACACAGACGGGGACAUAUAUCUCCACCAUGUCCCAGGCUCAGAUCACCGCACAGAGAUGGAACCGUCCAGAGGCACAAAUGGGCCUGAGAAACAAGAAUUAUCUGGAGACUGAAUGUGUAGACUGGCUGCAGAAAUAUGUGGAGAACGGGAGAGAAGAUCUGGAGAGGAGAGUUCAGCCGCAGGUGAAGGUCUCCGGUCAGAAGAAAGGUGACACCAUGAUGCUUCACUGCCAGGUGUACGGAUUUCACCCCCGAGCUGUGCACGUGAAGUGGAUGAAGAACGGGGACGACGUUCCCGACUAUGAGACCACACGCACCCUCCCCAAUCCUGACGGCACCUAUCAGAUAAGGGUCAGUGCGGAAGUGAUCCCCAAAGAGGGCGAGAGUUACUCCUGUUAUGUGGAUCACCGCAGCCUGGACGAGCCGCUGAACGUUGUGUGGGAACCAAGUAAUCCGAGUGUCUGGGUCACCCCUGUGGUUGUAGCUGUGGGGGUCAUCAUUCUUCUUGCUGCUGCCAUUGGUGGAUUUGUCCUAUACAGAAGAAAGAAAGCCGGCUACAAGACGACCAGCAUUUCAGACACUUCAUCAUCUAACUUGUUCCCUAAUGCCGCUAAAGCCUAAUGAUCCAGGCGGGCGGCCAUGAGCUUCCAUUCUUCUGGACGACGAGGAAUCUCACCUUUCCUUCUGUCAUUACUUUAUUCAAUUGUGUGUAAUGUCGGAGAAACCUGCCAUAUACAAUAAUUAGAGAUGAGAUAAGUUUACUAAAGUUCGAUUCGGCUGCUUCACCGAA